UCAAGUUUACCAAUCAUUUGCUCUUUCUACUCUAGUAGAGUAACGAUCUACCGGGAGCGCGCGGUGAUGGUGUUAAGAAAGCGAUCAAGAUCCGCGUUUUCUUUCUUCUGCUGACACUACUGAGAGUGUGUUCAUUGUAAGUAGGGCUAUCAGAGAAACGCUUAUUCAGUCACCCAUCGGUAUUACCAACAGGACUGACUGGGGAUUCACUGCGCUCUGCUGAAGAGACAAAUACUUUGGGAUAUAUAUGUUUGGCAUUUGGCUUUUUGUCAGUUUCUCAAAUGUAAACGGAAAUAUGUGGCAACGCUUCGUCUUACUCUUAACCGGUUUGCUUGGGUUGUGUUCAUGUUCAAGUUUCCCAAGUAACAUCAACAUAGGAGGUUUGUUUCCAACCGACUCCCACGAAUACGACGUGUUCCGUUUCGCGCUCUCUCAACACAAUGAUGUUCCUAAACUGGUACCACAAGUGGACAUGGUGGACACGGGGAGCAGCUUUGCCAUGACAUACGCCUUUUGUUCCCAGUUCUCCAAGGGAGUGUAUGCCAUCAUCGGCCUGUAUGACAGGAAGACCAUGAACAUGCUGAUGUCGUUCUGUGGCGCUCUGCACGUGUGCUUCAUCACGCCCAGCUUCCCCAUCGAUACCAACAACCAGUUUGUGAUCCAGCUGAGACCUGAACUCCAGGACGCUCUGAUCGCCCUUGUCGAGCACUUGAAGUGGACCAAAUUCGUCUACAUGUACAGCUCGGACUCAGGUCUGACAGUGCUGCAAAAGAUCUUGGACACUGCUGCUGAGAAGACCUGGCAGGUGACAUCCAUAAACUUUGACACCCUGACCGAAGCAGCGUUCUUGAAAACCAUCCAAGAUCUGGAUAAUAAGAAGGAGUACAGGAUCAUUCUGGACUGUGAGCUAGUGAGACUCAACUCCAUCUUAAACUUGAUUGCGGCACAAAAAAAGAACUUGAAGAACUACCAUUACAUACUAGCAAACCUGGGAUUUCUGGAUCUUAAUCUCACAGAAUUCAGGAAAGUAGGUGCCAAUGUGACAGGCUUCCAGCUCAUGAACUACACAAAGCCUACUGUCAGCAGGACGAUACAAGACUGGCUGGAGUUUGACAGUAAAGACUUGAAAAGUCCCAAAAGGAGGCUCAAGUACACUGGAGCACUCACAUAUGACGGGGUGACUGUCAUGGCCACUGGCUUCCAGAACCUGAGGAAGCAGCGCAUUGAUAUCUCUCGCAGGGGGAAUGCAGGAGAGUGUCUGGCUAACCCUCCCGCACCCUGGGGUCAGGGCAUCGACAUUCAGAGAGCCCUACAGCAGGUGCAGUUUGAAGGGCUUACAGGACAUGUUCAGUUUAAUGAAAAAGGACAUCGGACCAACUUCACUGUCAGCGUGAUGGAAUUUGGCCCAAACGGACCCAAGAAAGUGGGCUACUGGAACCAACAUGAGAAAUACGUGAACACAGCUACUUACAGCAACAUGCUCAAUGAGACGUAUGGACUGCAAAACAGGACCUAUGUAGUCACCACCAUCUUGGAGUCUCCAUAUGUGAUGCUGAAGAAGAACCAUGAGCAGCUCGUGGGUAAUGACAAGUAUGAAGGUUAUUGUGUGGAGCUGGCUGCAGAGAUCGCCAAGCACGUGGGGUAUUCCUACAGACUAGAAAUAGUGGGGGACAGAAAGUAUGGAGCCAGAGACUCAGAGACAAUGAUGUGGAAUGGGAUGGUUGGAGAACUGGUGUAUGGCAAAGCAGACGUAGCUGUCGCCCCCCUCACCAUCACUCUGGUCAGAGAAGAGGUCAUCGAUUUCUCCAAGCCCUUUAUGAGCUUAGGUAUAUCCAUCAUGAUCAAGAAGCCCACAAAGUCCAAACCAGGUGUCUUCUCCUUCUUGGACCCACUGGCGUAUGAGAUCUGGAUGUGCAUUGUGUUUGCCUACAUUGGCGUUAGUGUGGUGCUGUUUCUGGUGAGUCGCUUCAGUCCGUAUGAGUGGCACGCGGAUGAUGAAGAGGAUGGAAUGGAGCAGCAAAACCAGAACCAGAACCAACCACCAUCACCAGAGCCCAACCAGUCACCAAACCAGCAUGGUCAGAGUCAGAAUCAGCGAGAGGAGAAGCAGGAGAAGCAACCUGAGCACAGCAAUGAGUUUGGGAUCUUCAAUAGCCUGUGGUUUUCCCUGGGAGCCUUUAUGCAGCAAGGAUGUGAUAUCUCACCAAGAUCUCUCUCUGGUCGUAUAGUUGGAGGUGUGUGGUGGUUCUUCACUCUGAUUAUCAUCUCCUCCUACACAGCCAACCUGGCUGCCUUCCUCACUGUGGAAAGGAUGGUGUCACCCAUCGAGAGUGCCGAGGAUCUGGCUAAGCAAACAGAGAUUGCUUAUGGGACUCUGGAUGGAGGAUCUACUAAAGAGUUUUUCAGGAGAUCGAAGAUUGCAGUAUUUGAGAAGAUGUGGUCCUACAUGAAGUCUGCAGAGCCUUCUGUAUUUGUCAAGACGACAGAUGAAGGUGUCGUGCGGGUGAGGAAGUCCAAAGGGAAGUAUGCUUAUCUGCUGGAGUCCACAAUGAACGAAUACAUUGAGCAGCGCAAACCAUGUGACACCAUGAAGGUGGGAGGAAACCUGGACUCAAAGGGCUAUGGAGUAGCCACACCCAAAGGAUCUGCCCUGAGAAUUCCUGUAAACCUAGCGGUGUUGAAACUCAAUGAGCAAGCCGUCUUAGACAAACUGAAAAACAAAUGGUGGUACGAUAAGGGGGAGUGUGGAAGCAAGGACUCCGCCAGAAAGGAUAAGACCAGCGCUCUGAGCCUCAGUAAUGUGGCUGGAGUUUUCUACAUUCUGAUUGGUGGGCUUGGGCUGGCCAUGCUGGUGGCCCUAGUUGAGUUCUGUUACAAAUCCAGAAUCGAGUCUCGAAGGAUGAAGCAAAUCAUUGAUGCGGCCAUGCUCAGCUCCACACUGACUAGGAUGGGCAGCGGAGGUGAGAACGGACGUGUGAUGGCCCAUGAUUUCCCCAAAUCGGCACAAACUCUGCCGUGUAUGGGCCAGGCAGCCGCCAUGGGCCUCAGCACCACUGGGAUGUAAACAGCCAUCAGCCUCUCAGAGAUCAGGGGACAUCAGGAGACCGAUGGAAAGAGUGGGAGAGGACAUGAAAGACACAGCAGCGUACCACUCACCUGCCACUGAAGUACUGCCAAAUGGAUUCAUGGAAACACUCUGGGCUCCAAAUCAAAUUAGAUAAGGAGGGAGGAAAAUCACUUUUCUAAUAUUAAAAUGUGUCCAGCAGAAUGUGUUUUCUUCUUUUUUUUGGAACUUCUCCGGUGCAAUAAGGAGAUCAUGCGUGAGGUGUUUUUGUAUGAAGCAUCAUUUUUGACAAAACUGAGAAAUUUCCCUCUAUCUCAUAAAUGACUGACAAUUGAACUGCUGUUUCCCCCCAAAUCACAAUUUCCAGUUGUGCUCAUUUUUUUCUUUUCAUCUGCCUUAUGAUAUAUCUUUGAAACAAAUCUCUGUUUGAUGAACAUUUUUGCCCAAAGUAUUCUUCAACCAUAGUUACAUCAGUAUUUAUCAAAUGGGAAUAGUUCACCCAAAAAUAAAUAUUUGCUUUCUAAUAAUAAUUUUCUUCAUGGAAACAAAUUCUGAGAAAUCUUUCCAUUGCAUCACUCGUUUGCCAUUGAAUCCUCUGCAGUGGAUGGGUGCCGUCAGAAUUAGAGUUCAGAAGUAAUCCACAUGACUCCAGUCCAUCAUUUAAUGUCUUGUGAAGCAACACGCUGUGUUUGUAAUAAACAAGUUCUCAUUCUGAUGGCACCAAUUCACUCCAUUAUUGGGCAAGUGAUAUAAUGCUACAUUUCUUCAAUUCUGUUCCUUUGAAGAAACAAACACAUCUACAUGUUGAAUAACCUGAGGGUGAGUAUAUAUUUUUAAGCAAAUUUUCCUUUUUGGGUAAACUGUUCCUUUGAAGGGAAGUGUGAAAUUUCUGAGUCAUAUUGGCAAAAAUAAUGACUUCUGUCUGACACUGGUUGGACAAACAAAUAGUCCUGUACUAAAAUCAAAGUUUUAGGAUGUGCACUGUAAAGUGCUUACUAUACAGACGUUGAGUAUUAAUCUGGGAAAAGAUAAAGCAUUUUAAAGGGAUAGUUCACCCAAAAUGUAAAAUUCUGUUUUAUUUUCUCACUCACAUGUUGUUCCAAAUCUGACUUUUUUUGUGGAAUGUAUUCUAGAACCCCCCAAUGUUUUAAUUUCCCUUGACUGUCAUUUUAAGGACAAAACUAUUAAAACAUUCUACAAAAUGUCUUCUUUGUUCCACAAAAGAGAGAAAAAAAUUAAGGUUUGGAACGACAUGAGGGUGUGGAAAAUAAUGACAGAAUUGACAUUUUUGGAUCAACUAUCCUUUUACCAUUGCAAAAGUUAUACACUUCACCUUUAAGAAACAGUUAUGAAAGAAAUUAAAUGUUUGUUUGUUGUCGUCCAAUGAAAGCUAGUGAGUGUGCUACAUCAGUGUGUCCGCUUCAUUGCACAGUCUACAAAUGUCUUCCUUUCCAACCAGUUUGAUUGGCAAGCCUCUCCAGGGAAGGCGAGUUCUUCCAUAGGUUCGGAGAGGCUGAUUACCAGUCCUGUCAUUGUUACUGCUGUAGCUUAUAGUCUCACCCUUCACUUACGAACACUUCAGAUCGAUCACUGCUUUCCCGUCCAUGCUGCUCGAUAUAGUCUGAGAGUUAAAUGGGGGAAUAGGCUAUGCAGCUCCACGGUUUGUGUUACUGUUUUGCCACUUCCGUUCUGUCUUCCUUUCUUGGUUUACGACAUUUUUCUGUUGAAGUAGCUGAUGAUAUGUAUAGUACAUCAUUCCCAAACUCAGCCGUUAAUGAGUCCCGUGUACACAGAUGCGACAGUAUCAACAAAUUUAAGGGCAGCAUGAGCACGCAGGAGACCGUCGACUUAGAAGCCCUAAAACUUAUGUUUGUAAUAUUGUCAUUGUAAUAACAGUUGAAAUAUUGUCAUGUAAACAUCAAUUCCAUGAAAAGUAUUUUAUGGAAAUCUGCCUAAUAGCUGACACAUGGACAACAACAUAAAUUGUUCAUGCUGUGAGAUUAAUAGGGUGAUUUAAUAGCCUGACUCUAACAGUCCAUUUGAGAGGAACAAAGCUUGGUGGAGAUGGCUUGUUUGCUUCAGUCGUUGUUUUAUGCUGUAAUAAAAUGAACCCGCUUCUGGAUACAUAGACAGGCAACAAAUGAUGUCAGUAACAAAUGAUGAUAUUCAAGCCUAUUGAAUCUCGAAUCCUGAGUUUCGAGGUGCCAUAUCUGGCCUUGUGCUUCUCUACCAGACUGGACGCACUGAUUCAAGCAAGGUGGUAGAUCGCAAUGGAAGAGAUGAACUGUAAUAGACUGAUCAUCAUAAACUAUAAAUGAGUAGAGAGGUGAAACUGAAUGUCAAUACUCUAAGCACAAGAUCUUCAUUCAGCCAUUCAGGAGAACUUUCUCUCAACGGUGAGGCUCUGCCGGGAGCUUUUCUCUCUUUGUAUCCUUCCUCAAUACUUUGCCAUUGGACCUUCAGUGGUUAUACACUGUCUGUCCUUUUUAUUGCCAAUUCCAUUUGUACAAAAUAGAGAGAAUCGACCAUAACAUGACAUGGAACAUUUGUGCUGGCAAAACAGUGCUUUGUGGCCUUUGUUUUCCAUUCGAUGGGUUAUUCGUUUCGUUUAUUAUAUUUUGAAUGACUUCUGGUCUUGUAUUUAAAGUGAAAAUCUGUAUUUGGGUGUUUCUUUGGUUGGUUUUGCACUACUGGUCUCAAAUAGGGCUGUUUAUCGAUUAAAACAUUUUAAUCGAAUGAAUCACG